AAAUGCAGUUGCGACUGAUAUUUGUUUCGUCACAAAAAUUGUGAAAUCCGCUAUUCCUAUGUCACCCCCUGGUUCGCGUAUAAAUACUGUUUCGGGAAUAUUAAAUUUCUAUUCUUCGUUGGUAUUUCCACAAAACAACCACAUCAUGACGGUCUGUCAUCAACAUCUUCUCUAUUUGCUGAUCUUUUGCUGCCUCUCUUUUCACGCUACCGGUAGCAGGAUCAACAUCGUCAAUAACGGUUAUCGCGAUGUUGUAGUUGCCAUUUCACCCAAUGUCCUCCCAGAUCAAGCUGGCGACCUUUUGGAAAAGAUUCAAUUUCUCAUCACCGAAGCCUCUGCUGUUUUGUACGAAGCCACACGGCAUCGAUCCUACAUCGAGUCCGUUAACAUUUUGAUACCCCAGACGUGGGAAAAUGUCACGGCCAAUGCCAGCACUUGGGAAAAUUUUCAGAAUGCCGAAAUUCAAAUUGACCAUCCGAAUUGGAAAUUUGGAGAUAGUCCAUACACCGUGCAAUUGGGCGGAUGUGGUGAUCCUGGCGAAUUUAUUCACUUGACGCCUAAUUACGUCCUGAAUUUCGAUACUGAAUCCAACAAAUUGAAGUUUGGUCCGGCAGGUAAAGUUUUCGUAAGAGAAUGGGCUCGACUGCGCUACGGAGUGUUCGAAGAGCAUGGCUUCACAGACGAUGACUCUGCCUUUCCAAUGUUCUACCGACUUCAAUCUGAUGAAUCGAGUGAUUUGGUGCCUAACGUAUGCUCUGACCAGCCGGUUGACUUCACUUAUGACUAUGGCUGCAGUGUUGAUGAAACGGGCCUUUACGACACAAAUUGCACCUACAGUUUCACCGACCAGUUUAAACCAGGAUCAUCCAUCAUGUCUGAUCAUCGGAUGCUUUCUUCGGCGAUGCAUUUCUGUGACGACGAGGAAUCCAGUGUUCACAAACACAAUCGAGAAGCACCAAACAAGCAAAACGCAGUUUGUGACAUGCAAAGUGUCUGGUCGGUGAUUUCACGUCACGCUGAUUUUGCUGGAAACAAUAAUUUGCCAACCAACAUCGCCAAUUUGAAGCCAACAUUUAAUGUCGUCCGAGUUUUGAAUGGAGCUCGUUACGUGCUAGUUACUGACGUGUCAGGCAGCAUGGACGAUCAUAAUCGCAUUGGGAGAUUGUACGAUGCAGCUCGUCGUUGGAUUCAGUAUGAUAUUCCUGAUAGAACUUCGUUAGGAAUCGUCAAGUUCCAUGACUAUGCGACCGUGCUAAGUAGCUUGACUGUAGUAAAUGAUGAAACAAGACAGCAACUGAUGGACAAAGUUCCCAGCAUAACAGAGGGCUGGACAUGUAUCGGCUGUGGACUCCAAUAUGCGAUCGAUAUUCUAAAACCGAGUGGUAACGGAGGGGUUAUCGUAUUGGUGACCGACGGCGGGGAGAAUGUAAAUCCGUACAUUAGAGAUGUAACUCCUGCGUUGAUUGCCGCUCAAAUUCAAGUGGUAUCCAUCGCAUUUGGUCGUGAUGCUGAAAACGAAAUCGAAAAUUUGGCGACACAAACCAACGGGAUAAGUUAUUUUAUCAACGAUAACGGCGGCAACGACGAACUAAACGACGCCUUCACAGGAUCAUUGAUUUACCAACCAGCAGUAUUAUCUCAAGUUUUAACUGUUCAGUUGUUCCAGAAGAAAUACCAAAUUGGAUUCAGGACCAUAUUUCAAGAUACAGUCACUGUCGACUCUACCAUAGGGCGGAAUCUCACUUUUCGUGUCGACUAUACUAACAAAAAUUUCUUACUUGACUUUUCCGUCAUGUCCCCUAGCGGUCAAGUUUAUAACACACUGAUUUAUGACGAUGCCACUAAACUGGCUUACAUCGAGAUUCCUGGCAUUGCCGAAGAAGGUGUGUGGAGUUUCUCGUUGACCGUCGGUUCCAGUACAACAGAAUAUGUCAAUGUUAUUGUUAAGUCGAAAUCAAGAUCCAGUACAACGGCCCCAAUCACCGUGGAAUGUUUGGUCCCUAGCGGAACAGUCGUCGUGGAUGCUGGCAUUACACCUGUCCGGCUAGUGGCUGUCGUUAAACAAGGGCGAAAUCUUGUUCUUGGAGCCAACGUUCAGGCUUACGUUGAGAGACCUGACGGUGUUCUUCAAGUUAUUGACUUGUUGGAUUCGGGCGUAGGAGCUGAUUCAGAAAAAAAUGAUGGGAUUUAUUCACGCUACUAUGUGGACCCCAUUGUAAAUGGACGCUACAAUUUGUUAUGCGUCGUCAACGGUUCGGAGUCUUCGUACGUCGACGACGGUAACCAACAGUCAAACACCACAUUAGGAGAUUUCAAUCGGAUUCAAUCCGGUGGAACUUUCAGGGUGGAAAUACCUACAUCUACCGUUACAUCCUAUCCCCCUAGUCGUGUGACGGAUUUGAAAAUUGUGGCUAUUCAGGUCAAUCAAACAUCCAUGGCAAUUGAAUGGACUGCUACUGGCCAACAACUCGACGAAGGAAUUGCGAAGGAGUACCAGAUCAAAUACUCGGAAGUGUUUGAUAACCUUUUGGACAGCAAUUUCGAUUCUAAGCCUGUGCAAUUUGGAGAUCAGGACGUUAUUGACGGAGGUAUGCAACCGCUCCAGUCGGGUAACAAACAACGCGUGACCCUUGUUCUGCCAAAAACAUCUGAGAAUGUUACCUACUACAUCGCUUUGAGAGCCGUCAAUGAUAACAACGAUGCAAGUAGCACUUCUAAUGUUGUCUCCGUCAAACUAGCCGUUAUUAAACAGCCACCAACUGAACCACCAAAUGACAUAACAACGACCACUUCUAAAUCAAGUAUGGAAACCACCGCCAUCGCCAAUAUUUCAAGCACACAAACAACCACAACGUGGUCUCCACAGACAACAACCAAAGCUGGAACCAAUAGCGUACUAACGGCGGGUUCCAGUGACCUGCUGACAUUUCUUCUAUUUUUUCUUAUGAUACCGAAAAUUCAUUCGACCGUAUCGAGUUGGAUCGAUCGUGUCUAAUAGCUGUUGCUAAAUUUUUCCUUCUUCCAACGAAAUAUUAACGAAAUUAUUCGAUUGCAAAUCACAUUAUAGACUUAAAAUAGUGUCAUUAAAAGUAAUUUUACUAUUAGUUUCCAUUUAGGAUAAUAAUUUUCAAACAAUACAUGAUUUUCA